CUUGCCCGCCCCGCGCUCUCCCACCGCUCCCACCGCCCCCGCCGCCGCGGCUGCCACUCCGCCCCCCGCGCCGCACGGAGCUUCAGUAAUAACCCCGGCGCGGCGGCGGAGUCGCUGUGGGGAAUCCUCCCGCGCUCUGCCUGGGUCGGGUCCUCCCUGCCCGCUCGCACGCUGCCGGCCGGGGACCCUCCGGUGGCCCCUAGCCCCUCGGAGCGCUCCUGGAUGAAGCCCCGCGCGCGCGGAUGGCGGGGCUUGGCGGCGCUGUGGAUGCUGCUGGCGCAGGUGGCCGAGCAGGCACCUGCGUGCGCCAUGGGACCCGCAGCGGCAGCGCCUGGGAGCCCGAGCGUCCCGCGUCCUCCUCCACCCGCGGAGCGGCCGGGCUGGAUGGAAAAGGGCGAAUAUGACCUGGUCUCUGCCUAUGAGGUUGACCACAGGGGCGAUUACGUGUCCCAUGAAAUCAUGCACCAUCAGCGGCGGAGAAGAGCAGUGGCCGUGUCCGAGGUUGAGUCUCUUCACCUUCGGCUGAAAGGCUCCAGGCACGACUUCCACAUGGAUCUGAGGACUUCCAGCAGCCUAGUGGCUCCUGGCUUUAUUGUGCAGACGUUGGGAAAGACAGGCACGAAGUCUGUGCAGACUUUACCGCCAGAGGACUUCUGUUUCUAUCAAGGCUCUUUGCGAUCACACAGAAACUCCUCAGUGGCCCUUUCAACCUGCCAAGGCUUGUCAGGCAUGAUACGAACAGAAGAGGCAGAUUACUUCCUAAAGCCACUUCCUUCACACCUCUCAUGGAAACUCGGCAGAGCUGCCCAGGGCAGCUCGCCGUCCCACGUACUGUACAAGAGAUCCACAGAGCCCCAUGCUCCUGGGGCCAGUGAGGUCCUGGUGACCUCGAGGACAUGGGAGCUGGCACAUCAACCCCUGCACAGCAGCGACCUUCACCUGGGACUGCCACAAAAGCAGCAUUUCUGUGGAAGACGCAAGAAAUACAUGCCCCAGCCUCCCAAGGAAGACCUCUUCAUCUUGCCAGACGAGUAUAAGUCUUGCUUACGGCAUAAGCGCUCUCUUCUGAGGUCCCAUAGAAAUGAAGAACUGAACGUGGAGACCUUGGUGGUGGUCGACAAAAAGAUGAUGCAAAACCAUGGCCAUGAAAAUAUCACCACCUACGUGCUCACGAUACUCAACAUGGUAUCUGCUUUAUUCAAAGAUGGAACAAUAGGAGGAAACAUCAACAUUGCCAUUGUAGGUCUGAUUCUUCUAGAAGAUGAACAGCCAGGGCUGGUGAUAAGUCACCAUGCAGACCACACCUUAAGUAGCUUCUGCCAGUGGCAGUCUGGAUUGAUGGGGAAAGAUGGGACUCGUCAUGACCACGCCAUCUUACUGACUGGUCUGGAUAUAUGUUCCUGGAAGAAUGAGCCCUGUGACACUUUGGGAUUUGCACCCAUAAGUGGAAUGUGUAGUAAAUAUCGCAGCUGCACGAUUAAUGAAGAUACAGGUCUUGGACUGGCCUUCACCAUUGCCCAUGAGUCUGGACACAACUUUGGCAUGAUUCAUGAUGGAGAAGGGAACAUGUGCAAAAAGUCCGAGGGCAACAUCAUGUCCCCUACAUUGGCAGGACGCAAUGGAGUCUUCUCCUGGUCACCCUGCAGCCGCCAGUAUCUACACAAAUUUCUAAGCACCGCUCAAGCUAUCUGCCUUGCUGAUCAGCCAAAGCCUGUGAAGGAAUACAAGUAUCCUGAGAAAUUGCCAGGAGAAUUAUAUGAUGCAAACACACAGUGCAAGUGGCAGUUCGGAGAGAAAGCCAAGCUCUGCAUGCUGGACUUUAAAAAGGACAUCUGUAAAGCCCUGUGGUGCCAUCGUAUUGGAAGGAAAUGUGAGACUAAAUUUAUGCCAGCAGCAGAAGGCACAAUUUGUGGGCAUGACAUGUGGUGCCGGGGAGGACAGUGUGUGAAAUAUGGUGAUGAAGGCCCCAAGCCCACCCAUGGCCACUGGUCGGACUGGUCUUCUUGGUCCCCAUGCUCCAGGACCUGCGGAGGGGGAGUAUCUCAUAGGAGUCGCCUCUGCACCAACCCCAAGCCAUCGCAUGGAGGGAAGUUCUGUGAGGGCUCCACUCGCACUCUGAAGCUCUGCAACAGUCAGAAAUGUCCCCGGGACAGUGUUGACUUCCGUGCUGCUCAGUGUGCCGAGCACAACAGCAGACGAUUCAGAGGGCGGCACUACAAGUGGAAGCCUUACACUCAAGUAGAAGAUCAGGACUUAUGCAAACUCUACUGUAUCGCAGAAGGAUUUGAUUUCUUCUUUUCUUUGUCAAAUAAAGUCAAAGAUGGGACUCCAUGCUCGGAGGAUAGCCGUAAUGUUUGUAUAGAUGGGAUAUGUGAGAGAGUUGGAUGUGACAAUGUCCUUGGAUCUGAUGCUGUUGAAGACGUCUGUGGGGUGUGUAACGGGAAUAACUCAGCCUGCACGAUUCACAGGGGUCUCUACACCAAGCACCACCACACCAACCAAUAUUAUCACAUGGUCACCAUUCCUUCUGGAGCCCGGAGUAUCCGCAUCUAUGAAAUGAACGUCUCUACCUCCUACAUUUCUGUGCGCAAUGCCCUCAGAAGGUACUACCUGAAUGGGCACUGGACCGUGGACUGGCCCGGCCGGUACAAAUUUUCGGGCACUACUUUCGACUACAGACGGUCCUAUAAUGAGCCCGAGAACUUAAUCGCUACUGGACCAACCAACGAGACACUGAUUGUGGAGCUGCUGUUUCAGGGAAGGAACCCGGGUGUUGCCUGGGAAUACUCCAUGCCUCGCUUGGGGACCGAGAAGCAGCCCCCUGCCCAGCCCAGCUACACUUGGGCCAUCGUGCGCUCUGAGUGCUCCGUGUCCUGCGGAGGGGGACAGAUGACCGUGAGAGAGGGCUGCUACAGAGACCUGAAGUUUCAAGUAAAUAUGUCCUUCUGCAAUCCCAAGACACGACCUGUCACGGGGCUGGUGCCUUGCAAAGUAUCUGCCUGUCCUCCCAGACCCGUGAUGCAGAGUUCCUAGAUUUUCUGUGCACAUUCUUCAAGGGGUGUUGGAAAGCAGCAGGCCGAGAGCCAGGCGCUACGCAGCAGACACACUAGCAUGGACAGUCUCUGGGGAGGCUGGGCCAGCGAGCAGGAGAGAAGGCAUCCCUGAUUCACACAGUGGGGCUGCUUGCAUUUGGAGUGGGGUCAGCCAGGACUAUUGAGCCCAGAAACGGGACCCAGCACAACUGGCCCCAGAAAGAGAACAUCUCCCUCAGAGUAUGACCACUAGCCUCAUUUUUCUCUUUUUUCUUGCCAAAAACAAGAAACAAAACAAAAUGAAUGAAAAUGAAAAAAAAAAUCUUCAUUAACCCUGUGUUUAUUAAGAAUAAAUAUGUUUUAGUGUCACGAUUUCUUUCAAGAUACUCACUGAGGCCUCAUUUUCGAGAGCACUGCACUCUGUUAAAGAAAACAUGGUGAAACGCUGCAGUCUUUUAAACCACGCUUUGAUUCUGAAAAUCGCAGAUGCUAAAUGUGUUGGACAUGAAAUUUAUGAAGAUGUCACUAAUUUAGAAUUUGUGAUUUUCAAUGACAGAGUUGGAUUGAAAUCUCCCCUUAUGCUGUCUCCCAGCAUGAGGUUUGCUAAUGUAAUUUAAAAGAACAGUCAAAUGUCAGUGGAAGGACAGAUGCUUCAGCCGCAUCACAGAAGAAAACCAGGCUUCCUCCCCAUUCACCAAGACAGCUUUUAUCAGGGAGAUAAUAUAUACUACAGCAUGUGUUCAGUUACUCGGCAGAUACUUACUGAGUGACAGACAGCCCAACACCUGCCACGGACUACAUGGUUUGGAAAUGGCCCCUGAGCUACAGGGCCAACGUGCUAGAGAGGGGCGCUUGCUCACCAGGCUGACCAGUGAACGCACAGAAUCAUUUCAAGGUUUGAAAUGAUUGCAGUCAUCAUAAAGGAAGACCACAGUCUCCUAGAAUGCACGGGUUUGUCUGGAUCCAAUGCAAGGCAAGAAUCCAUGCAAGAAUUCCUCUCUCAGCUCCAGCCACCCACAUUGUCCCAGAGUCUGAUUUUACUUUUACGCCAAAUGAAAUUCCAAUAAUUAGGAGUUUUUCGUUGUUUUGAUGCAUUUAUGAUAUAUUUCCUUAAUUUACAAAGACUAAGCUGGGUGUGGUGACUCACCCCUGUAAUUCUAACACUGUAGAAGGGUGAGGCAAGAAGAUCACUUGAGGAUAGGAGUUUGAAACCAGCCUGGGCAACACAGUGAGACCCCAUCUACACAAAUAGCAAUAAUUUUAAAAAUUAGCCAGGUGUGAUAGCAUGCACCUAUAGUCCUAGCUACUCAGGAGGCUGAGGCAGAAGGAUUGUUUGCACCUGGGAGGUCAAGGGUGCAGUGAGCUAUGAUCAUGCCACUGUCCUCCAGCCUAAGUAACAGAACAAGACUCUGUCUUAAAAAAAAGAAAAAAAAAAGACUAAAGAGAAGUAAAGAGAAGAAUCUGUUUAAAUUGCUAAAAUUCAACAUUUAAACUAAAUGUAGGUUUUUGUUUCUGACAUCUAUUAUUUCAGUGAACUUUUAUUACUUAGUCACCCCAUGAACAUUGUUUAAACCCUUCAUUGUAUUGUACUUUAAAGCCGUCUAUGAGAAGUCACAGCUCCCUGCCCCAGCCACCCCCCCAUCUCCAACCUCAAUGACCCAGUGCCAAGAAUUCCAGUGACUUUGGUUCUCCGUUCUGGUAUUCUGAUAUUUCGAAAUAACAUGCAUGAUAGCCGUUUUCUAUUGAUUGAUUUUAAAGAUUAUCCUAUUAUCCAUUGCAGGUGAGGACUUAGCCUUUUUGUGGCACCUUUUAUCAGUUUUAUAUCACUCAGCUCUCUUACCACCAAAUUCGCGUCCCUCCGUCCUGCUUAUGUGAUUAGAGCCCAUGGUUACUCAUUGUCAUCACUGCUUAUUAUUGUUGCUAGCUACACAGAGCUCCCUGAUUCUAUCUUCUUACAUGUAUAAAAUGUUAUUUGUCUAGAAGCUAAUGAUUGCCUGACUUUUGUUUGCUUAGGUUUGUUAUAUAAAUUCCAAAAGAUAUAUCAACUUCAUGGAUUCAUUUAACAAAUAUAAUUGAGUGUCUACUAUGUGUCAGGCCCUUGGGACACCUUAGUGAAUAAACAGACAAAGCUCCCUGUCCUGGAGGAGCAUGUGUUUAAGUUGGGGGUGACAGAGUCAACAAUAGAUACAGUGUUUAUUUAGACCGUAUGCUUAGACUUUAUGUUUAUUUCUAUUUUUGUUUAUUUAUAGAUGUUUGUAAAUAUAAUGUAUUUUAAAUGAUAGCACAUUUUAGAAAGUGAUAAGUGUCAUGGAUAGAAAUGAAAAAAAGGGGGAAAAAAACAAAUAAAAAGCCAACCAAACAAACAAACAAAAAACAAAACGAAGGGAGAAAGGGAGAUUAGAAUUCGAAGAGAAGGGGGUGCAGGUUGUAGGUAGACUGAAUAGAAAGUGCCAUUUGAACAAAGGUUAGGAGGAGGUGAGCAUGUGAAAUGUCCACGCUCUAUUUCCCCCACACAGGCCAAUCUCUCCAUCCCUUUUUCCCUGCACUCCUCAUUCCCAGUGCUGCCCUCCUUGUUCCAGCCCAGGCCUGUCACCCUGCUGGAGCUUCCUGUGUGUCUCUGCCAUGCUGAACACCCUGUUUGUGGAUGCCAGGCAUUGUCUGUCUGUGGGAAACACAGAAGCAAUCUUCUGACUGCCUCCAAGGCUUCUCAGCUAACAAAGAGUUAGAGAACAGGAUUCUGGGGUGGAAGUCACUUUCCCCAGGAGUUUUAGCGUAAUGUCCUUGACUCCCAUCCACUGUGGCUACUGAGAAGUCCAUUGUUCCUCUAAUCCCCAGUCCUUCAUUUGGAAACUGUCUUUUUUUCGUUUUCCUCUCCCCUUUCUGGAAGCUUUAGGGACUUUUACUUAUUCCUGGUCUCUUAUGUGCUUUAAUGACUUGGUAUUUUCACUCAUUUGCUGAGUCCACAGUGGUUCUUUUCAAUUUGGGGAAAAAAGAUUUUAUUAAUACUCUCCUUCAUUUGUUUAUGCUCUUGCCUUCUGAACUCUAACACAGUAGACAAAUGUUAUGAUGUUCUUGUGUUUUCUUUUCAGAUGUCCAUCUCUUUGUCUUUUUAUCUCGGAAGUUUUUUUGAAUUUUAUCUUCCAGGUUUUCUGCUUUUUGUUGUGCUUUUGUUUGUUUGCUUGUUUUAUACCUGAUUAUCCUCCUUUAUAUUUUCAAAUGCUCAUUUUAUUUUUUGGUCUUUGUUUCUUCUCUGUUAAGGCAUCCUGCUCUACUUGUUUCUCUAUAAAGAUACUAAAGUUGUUUAUUUUCCUUCCCUCCCUCCCUU